CUGCCCCACCCUUUAUUCUUAGAGGGUGAAUCGUAUACUACUACAUACUAUGUUAGGUAUUCACAUUGCCGCGUACAUUCCCGACCCCGAAUCACUUUCCCUCUUUAGCAUUCGUGUUUCUGUCACCUGGCAUUUUCUUUCUUGAUUUUUAUAGCUAUUUAAUCUACCCCGGAUUUUCUUGAUAUAGAAAUAUAGACACUAGCUAAAGGUUAAAGGAACCAACUUCGCCAUCUUAUCGUUUCUUACAGUUUUUGCUUCAUACCUCGGCGUUUUAAAUACAAGUCUAAAUACAAGUCAACAUGGCAUCUCCACAGAGGAUCCGAACUCCCGUCACCGAUCUAUUCGGGAUCAACCACCCUAUUCUUCUCGCUGGAAUGAACGUCGCCGCCGGCCCUAAGCUCGCAGCUGCUGUUACGAAUGCCGGCGGUCUCGGCGUCAUCGGAGGCAUGUCCUACAGCCCGGACAUGCUGAAGGAGCAAAUCGACGAGUUGAAGUCGUAUCUAAACGACAAGAACGCCCCGUUCGGUAUUGAUCUAUUAAUCCCACAGGUUGGCGGCAAUGCUCGCAAAACAAACUACGAUUACACGAAAGGCAAGCUCGACCAAUUAGUCGACGUUGUUAUCGAAUCGGGAGCCAAGCUCUUCGUCUCCGCCGUCGGUGUACCACCCAAGGCCGUCGUCGACAAGCUACACAAGCACGGCAUCUACUACAUGAACAUGGUCGGACACCCCAAGCACGUCCAGAAGGCGCUCGACAUCGGCUGCGACAUCAUCUGCGCGCAAGGUGGCGAGGGCGGCGGCCACACCGGAGACGUCCCCACCACCGUCCUGAUCCCGGCGUGCGUGCAGAUCUGCAAGGGCAAGAAGAGCGUGCUCUCCGGCAAGCAGGUCCCGGUCAUCGCCGCGGGCGGCAUCCACAACGGCCAGAUGCUGGCCGCGUCGCUCAUGAUGGGCGCGAGCGCCGUGUGGGUCGGCACGCGGUUCAUCCUGGCGGACGAGGCCGGCGCGCCCGAGUCGCACAAGGAGUCGGUGCGGACCGCCGGGUUCGACGACACGAUCCGCACCCUCAUCUUCACCGGGCGGCCCCUGCGCGUGCGCAAGAACCCGUACAUCGAGAACUGGGAGAACGAGCGCCAGGCCGAGAUCAAGGAGCUGACCGCCAAGGGCAUCCUCCCCUACGAGUACGACCUGGAGAAGGUCGCCAGCGGCACGGCCGAGGGCUCCGGGAAGGAGGGCGAGAGCAGCGACGACGACGACGCCGACGACGUGCUGGACCAGUUCCGCCCCUACCUGAUGGGCAAGUGCGCCGCGUUGGUAAACGAGCAGAAGAGCGCGAAGGCGAUUGUCGACGAGUUCAUCGAGGAUGCUACGGCGAUGCUGAACCAAGGCUCCAAGAUGGUGGCGAAGUUGUAAGAGAGGUGAAGCUUGUUGGGGGAGUUCCUGCAAUUCCGAAUACCCUUGCAAUUUUGAAUGCCUUUGUAUAUAUACCUCCAAUCUACCAGGAGUCUGCUUUAGGUAGGCAGUUGUGUAUCGGCGUGGUGCGGUCCGGGUAGGAUUUAAGUAGUGUAAUGGGAAUAAACUUUUUUGUUCUUUUUUUUUUUGGAUCACGACAUUGUAUAUUUUGCUAUAUAAGAUUCAGCUAACCUGUCCCAUGUC